AUGGAGAGCUCAAUUUUUGUUUCCUUCAUCGAUGAAAAUGGGCCGAUUGACGAGAAAUGGUAUUGCAAUAAGAAGGAAGCGGAGGAGGAGAAGGAGGAAGAGGAGGAGGAAGGGGAGGAGGAGGAGGAGCGGGAGGAGGAGGA